AUGCUAACUACUAUGUACAUUUCUGUAUUUCUUCCGAUUCUGCUGCUGGCUGCUUUUCUUCAGUUGGUGUCCUCCUCAGGCUCCUUAGAAGUCCGGCUUAUCUCAUCACGACCGUGUUUCGUGAAGCUUUGCGUAAAGAAACCUCAUGCUAAACCUCUCGACAGCUGCCUCUUAGAAUCUCAGCUCAUCCAGCUUCAGUCGCAGCAACAACGAGUGGUCAGCACGCCGUUCUACUUCCCAUUCCCGGAGACGUUCAUUCUGGCCAUGGAGAUCCUCGAUACGGAACGAGUGUCUCUGUACAACAACACUUCCAAGGAGCGUUUCGUUAUCGGCUCUGAGUUUGUUCCAGCUGAAGUUUCGUCGGAUUUCCUAGACAUCGCCUUUCGGUCAACCUGUCAUCAGUUUUAUUACGGUAAUGGGUGUCAGCGUUACUGUAAAUCGUCAAUAAGUUACACCUGCGACGCCGAAGGAAAGCGAAUCUGUCAAGAGGGAUGGUCUGGCGAGCAGUGUGAUCAACCCAUAUGCCGUGACGGCUGCCAAUAUGGACGCUGCGUGGAGCCGGGCAGAUGUGAAUGCGAUCACGGUUUCUUCGGACUCACUUGCAAAGAGUGUCGUCGUAGUGAGAACUGCCGUCAUGGAAAGUGUCGUGACAACCAGCCGUUCACUUGCGCUUGUGAGCCGGGCUGGGGUGGCAUCUUCUGUGAAAGAGGUGGACUCUGUACGACCGCCGACACGAAAUUGGGCCGAUGCGAAUGCGCUGAAGGUUUCGAGGGACGGUAUUGUGAACGAAGAAAAGCCGCCAUCAACGAGGCAUGCACUGCCGUCACCUGCAAGAACGGUGGUUCAUGCCUGCCCGGCUCGACGUGUGUGUGUCCACAGUGCUUCUCCGGUGCUGACUGUUCCCUAAUUGAUGAAAAAUGUCUUUGGCAACGAGCCAACUCUACGCAAGAUACUUUGGCUGAACAUCGUGACGAUGAAGAAAAGGCUUCCCACACGACGAUUCUCAUGCUAAUGGCAAUGGUUUCGAUUCUGAUGCUGGCCACGUGUGUGGUGGUGUUCUUCCUGAAAUACAAGCGGAUGCGACGAUUACUGCGUGAUCCCGUCACACAGAAUGCCAUCAACGAACAUCGUCAGAUUCAUGAGCUUCCGAAGCGAUCGAUCGAUUGUCGGUCGCCAUCGGAUGAAGCGUACAAG